AUGGCUUCGCCUCGCCCUCACAACUUUGGUGCCCAAGGGUAUCCCCUCUCAAACGGUGCGACCCCGUCUGGUCCGGCACCCGGAGCUGUGCCACUGCUCCCAAACAAUGGUAGAGUCAUUCAGAAUGGACCAACUCGGAUCUUGUGUAUUGCGGACGUGCGAGGAAAUCUGAAGUCCUUGAAUGACCUGGCCAAGCAAGCUCGUGCGGACCACAUCAUUCACACCGGUGACUUUGGCUUCUACGAUGAUACCUCGCUGGAGCGGAUUGCAGACAAAACCCUCAAGCAUGUCGCCCAAUACUCUCCUUUGCUCCCCGAGAACGUGAAGCGGACAAUUGCACAGGUCCCCCCUCAGCAGUCGAUUAAGCAGCGUUUUACUCCUGACCAGCUACCCCUCUCCGAGUUGCCCAUGCUGCUUGACAAGCGCAUCACCCUCGAGGUUCCGGUCUACACAGUUUGGGGUGCUUGCGAGGAUGUUCGCGUUCUGGAGAAGUUCCGCUCGGGCGAGUACAAGGUGAAUAAUCUGCACAUCAUCGACGAGGCCAACUCUCGACUGCUGGACAUUGGUGGUGUUAAGCUGCGUCUGCUUGGACUGGGUGGUGCGGUGGUUAUGCACAAGCUAUUCGACAACGGCGAGGGAAAGACGACAAUUGCCGGUGGCCAGGGUACCAUGUGGACCACUUUGCUGCAGAUGGGUGAGCUCAUCGACACGGCUAACCGAGUCUACGACCCUUCGGAGACUCGUGUUUUCGUUACUCACGCCUCGCCCGCCCGUGAGGGUAUGCUGAACCAGCUCUCCGUCACUCUCAAGGCCGAUUUCUCCGUUUCCGCUGGUCUGCACUUCCGUUAUGGAUCCUCCUACAACGAGUUCUCGGUCAACCCUUCCCUUGACCACUAUCGUGGCAAGCUUGCUGCCUCCAAGGCGUCUUUCACCGAUGUUUGGGAGACCGUGCGCGGCGAGGUUGAGUCGGCCAUCUCCUCCAACGAGGCCCAAAAGACCCUACUGGACAACGCUCUGGAUGUGGUGCAGAAGAUGCCCUCCAUUGCCAACGGUGGCAACCCCUUCGGUGGCCCCGUUGCUGCUGGAAAUGCUGCCGGCCAGGUCGACGAGAGCGCCUUCAAGAAUAUGUGGAAUUUCAAUCUUGCAGAUGCUGCCUUUGGAUAUCUGGUCUUGGAGAUCGAGGGUGGCCGAAUUGCGACUGAGAUGCGGGCUCAAGGUUUCAACUUUGCCCACCGCAGCGGCAAGCCUGCGGCUGGUGGUGCUCAACCUGCCCCCGGUGCCCUGCCGGUUACCACCGCCUCUCCUGCUCCUACUGGUGCUGGUGGUCGCCCUGCCCCCUCCACCGCGCAGUUUGGUCAAGCUCCCCCUGCCAUUUCCGGCGCCGCCGCUGGUCAGCCCGCUCGUGCUUCGCCCGUGCCCGUCAUUCCCAAGUCUGCAAGCCCGCAGCCCCCUGCCGCCACCUCUGCUCAGCCCGCGGGCGAGGAGAAGAUUGCCGGUGACGCUAACGGCACCAUUCAACAAGAGAAGACUGGCGAGUCUCCGGCUCCCCGUGGUGAGAAGAAGCCCAGUAACGGACUCUUCGUUUCCAACGUCGACAGUGAACAGAAGGUCCGCGAGCUGCUCCCCGAAGAGGAUCGAGGCAAGGCUAUCAAGAUUGAGAAGUACGGCAAGUUCAACUACGUUGUGACUUUCGCGACUGUCGAGGAGGCCAAGGCUGCCCUCGAUCGCCAGCCCAUUGAUCACAAGAAACCAAGCACUGGUUCCGGCCCUCGCAAGCCCAACUUCAAGUUCUUCGAGGAACGCCCCCGCGGCCAGGGCAAUGCUGGCACUUGGGGAAGUAGCACCCGUGGCGGUGCUACCGCCGGACAGCGUGGCUACCAGAGCGCCAGUGAUAGUGAGGGUGCUCGUCGGGGUGGAUUUGCCGGCCGUGGUCGUGGCCGCGGUGAUCGGGGUCGCGGUGGCCGUGGAGGUCGUGGCGGCAGCUUCAAGAGCGGCUCGACUGACUCUCCUACCCCGUCAACCCCAUCUGGCGAUAAGCCUACUCCUUCCGGUGGUGAUUCCUAA